AUGGGAUCAAACGAGGAAAAAUUCUUGGCCACUCCUGGUGUUCAUCAGCGUGAAGAAGCCGCCGACCUACCUUCCAAGGAGACUGGAGCGACUGCUACCUUAGAUGACCUCGACCUGGCGAACUCCAAAGCAUACAAAGGGGAUGACUCGGAUGGUAAGGUCGUAUGGACGACGAGAACUGUUCUCGCCUUUCUCUCCCUGGCAGGCCUCAACACUGGCUCUCAGCUGAUCCUCUACAAUGUCGGUGGAUGCCUGUCUUAUAUCGCUGUCGAUCUCAAUGCUACAGCUGUAGAAGGCUGGUUACCAGUCUCCAACAUCCUUGCUGUAGCUGCGGUGGCACCCUUCACCGGAUACCUUGAGGAUCUUUUGGGUCGAAGAACCAUUGCUAUCGGUGGGGCUGUCUCUCUUUGCAUAGGUUGUGUGAUUUUUGGUACUGCUCAUAGCUUUGCGCAGGCGGUUGUGGGCUUGGCAAUUGCUGGUGCUGGUGCUGCUGUCGGCGAACUGACUGCUCUCGCCGGAACGUCUGAUAUGGUUCCUGUGAAGCAACGCGGUUUUGCAGCGGCGGCUGUGACGUUCCUGAUUCUGCCUUUUGCUCCAAGCGUCCUGUAUGCUCAACUGAUGGCUUCUCGAGCCACUUGGAGAUGGGGAGCGUGGAUGUCGUUAAUAGUUAAUGGCGUAGUUGCGAUUGGACUGAUUUUCACCUAUUUCCCGAAAGCACAUCCACGGACCCAAGGACAAUCGAAGCGCCAGAUCAUCAAAGAAAUUGACUAUGUCGGAGGCAUAUUUUCUAUUACUGGGGUAACCCUUCUCCUUGUAGCAUUGCAAGCCGGCGGUUAUACCCAUCCCUGGGCAAGUGCCUACGUCCUCAGCACACUCUUGAUCGGCAUGGUUCUGGUCGCCGCCUUCUUUUUCUGGGAGUGGAAGGGCGCAAAGUACCCCAUGGUCCCAAAGGAAUUAUUUUCUGGACAACGAGUUGUGGCACUGGCUUAUGGUGUUGCGUUCAUUGGUGGAAUGAGUUUCUACUCGCUCCUCAACAUGUACCCAUUGACAUAUUCGACAGUCUACGACCCAGAUCCCGUCAAGGUUGGCGUCAGAGCGGUGGGGGUGGCAAUCUGCAACAUUGUAGGUGCCGUCUUCUUCAAUUCGAUGCUUUCGUUGACCAAAGGCCGCGCCCGAGAAACACUUUUCGCAGCCUCUGUGAUCAUGACUGCGCUUGAUGGAGCAUUGGCCGUUGCAAACCCUUACAAUGUCACCACCACUGUCGCCAUCGGAUCUCUCGCCGGGCUUGGUGUGGGAGGUAUCUUGGUUCCAGCGGCAACUGUAGCCAUGAUUGUUGUGCCUGACUCGCUCCUGGGCACGGCAGUCUCCCUUUCCUUGUCCGUGCGAACUGUUGGAGGCUCAAUUGGGUACAGUAUCUAUUACAACGUCUUUGCCAACAAACUGAAGACCAGGCUCCCUACAAAUAUUGCGCAUUAUGCGAUCGAGGCCGGCCUUCCCGUGGCUGAAGUGGAAGCCUUUGUGGGUACAUUCUUGACUGCGCCGGCAGAGAUAGCAAAAGUUCCUGGCGUCAAUGCAACGAUUAUCGAAGCAGCAACGCUGGGGUCUCGCUGGGCAUAUUCAGAGUCAUUGCGCUACGUCUGGUACACUAGCAUCACCUUUGGCGCAUUGGCAUGCAUUCUCAGCUUGUUCAUUCCGUCGAUCCGCAGGUACUGCACCAACCGUAUCGCAGUCCAAGUCUAG